GCUUGCAACAGACUUUUGGAAAGACUGCCCUUUCUAAAGAAUACAAGCUGUAAUAUAUAAAAGCUGUUAUCACUUAGCAAAACCUGCAGCCAUGAGUUUCAAGCUAGCAGUUUUGCUUUCACGGAAUGUAUGACAGGAUAGAUUGUUCCCAUACAAGGAUAUACACUCCAUUACACAGUGCAAGUUUAACUAGUUCAAGAUCCUUCCUUCUAAAUAUUGAAAGAUUUCAUACAGCAUUUUAAGCUACAAACGUUGCUUAUUGUCGUCCAAACAUGAUAGAGAAAAUACCUAUCAUCACUGCUUUCCUAUUCUCCCUACUCUAUGAAACAUGUGGUUUAGUGUUACCUAAUUCCACAGACUUAGCAUCAUCAUCAGCCAGCAAUCAUAGCAUCAUAAAGCUAGAUUUAAGUGCUCAGCUGAACUCUGCAAAUAUCCCUAAGACCAGAAGGAAGCGCUAUAUUUCUCAGAAUGACAUGAUCGCUAUUCUUGAAUAUCAUAAUCAAGUGAGAAGCAAAGUCUUUCCACCUGCAGCCAACAUGGAGUAUAUGGUUUGGGAUGAAAAUUUAGCAAAGUCAGCUGAAGCCUGGGCUGCCGCCUGUAUUUGGGAUCAUGGUCCAACUUAUUUGAUGAGGUUCCUUGGUCAAAAUCUUUCUGUGAGAACUGGAAGAUAUCAGUCUAUUCUUCAGCUGGUGAAACCAUGGUAUGAUGAAGUAAAGGACUAUGCUUUCCCAUACCCUCAAGAAUGUAAUCCUAGAUGUCCUUUGAGAUGUUAUGGACCAAUGUGUACACAUUACACACAGAUGGUUUGGGCUACAACAAACAGAGUAGGAUGUGCUAUCAACACAUGUAACAACAUGAAUGUUUGGGGCUCAGUAUGGAGAAGAGCUGUCUAUUUAGUAUGCAACUAUUCUCCCAAGGGUAACUGGAUUGGAGAAGCACCAUAUAGGGUUGGAGUGCCAUGCUCUGCAUGCCCACCAAGCUAUGGAGGAUCUUGUACAGACAAUCAGUGUUUUCCAGGAGUCACCUCUAACUACUUAUACUGGUUUAAGUGAUAUGAUCUUAUAAUUAUUACACUAUACUGCGAAAUUAUUUGUUUUCUUUUAAAUUCCUUUUAAUAUGUCUCACUGGCUUAAUUGGGGUUAUAACUUAUAAGAAUAAACAUUACAAAUUCUAAGUGUAAUGUUAAUAAAAUUGGAUUCUAUUUGCCUUGA